CCUUCCUCUCUUCAUUCCUAUUUCCUCCUCUCCACCAACAUCAACCACCUCUCUCUCUCUCUGCAUAUACAUAUACAUACACUAUACAUAUAUAUAUAUAUGUGUGUGUGUGUAUGUUGUUGUAAAAAAUAGAAGAGUCGCAAAAAAAAAAGGAAAGCAUGGUUGACCAACGCUUCUCUCACUUGACAUGCUCCGAAAUUCCAUACCAUUUCCCGUAUUUAAAUCACCAUUUGUUUUCCGUUGCAAAUUUCUUCAGUUUUUAUUAGUAUUAUUAUAUGAUCCCGCCGCCGGCAAAUCUUCUCCCAUGGAGUUCAGCAGCGGCGGCGACGACCCCGACUCCCACCGCGGCAAGAAGCGCUACCACCGUCACACCGCCCACCAGAUUCAGCGUCUCGAAUCGAUGUUCAAAGAGUGCCCCCAUCCAGAUGAGAAGACUAGGAGUCAGUUAAGCAGAGAGUUGAAUUUGCAUCCUCGCCAGAUCAAAUUCUGGUUCCAGAACAGAAGGACUCAAAUGAAGGCACAACACGAGAGAGCGGAUAACUCUGCGCUGAGAGCAGAAAACGAUAAGAUCAGAUGUGAAAACAUAGCUAUCAGAGAGGCCCUCAAGAAUGUCAUCUGCCCUUGCUGUGGAACCUCUCCUGCUUCUGAAGAUCCCUAUUUCGACGAGCAAAAACUGCGAAUUGAGAACGCACAUUUGAAAGAGGAGUUAGAUAGAGUUUCUAGUGUUGCUGCAAAAUACAUAGGGAGGCCUAUUUCACAGCUCCCACCAGUGCAACCCAUUCAUGUCUCCUCACUGGAUUUAUCCAUGGCUAGUUUUGGGGGGCAUGGGAUUGGAGGCCCUUCCCUUGAUCUUGAUCUUCUCCACGGAAGCUCGUCGUCUGUGAUUCCCACUUUGCCCUUCCCACAGUUGACCAUUUCUGACAUGGACAAGUCCCUCAUGGCUGACAUUGCAACCAAUGCCAUGGAGGAGUUGAUUAGGCUCGUGCAGACCAACGAGCCCUUGUGGAUCAAGGGCGCUGCUGAUGGGAGGGAGACUCUCAAUCUUGACAGCUACGAGAGGAUCUUCCAGAGCCCUUACAGUCACAUGAAGAAUCCUGGUAUUCGGAUUGAGGCCUCGAGGGACUCUGGCGUUGUUAUAAUGAACUGUUUGGCAUUAGUCGACAUGUUCAUGGAUGUGAAAAAAUGGAUGGAAUUGUUUCCUACAAUUGUAUCAAGAGCUAAAACUAUUGAGGUUAUAUCAUCUGGGAUGCUUGGGAGUCAGAGUGGCACAUUGCAACUAAUGUAUGAAGAAGUGCAAGUUCUUUCAGCCUUGGUUCCAACAAGGCAGUUGUACUUGCUCAGAUUCUGUCAGCAGAUUGAGCAAGGCUUGUGGGCAGUAGUGGACGUAUCAUACGAAGUUCCUCAUCAAGACAGCCAGUUUUCGUCUCCCUCCAAAGCGCAGAGGCUCCCAUCCGGCUGCUUGAUCCGAGAGAUGCCUAAUGGCUACUCUGAGGUUACAUGGGUUGAGCAUUGGGAAGUUGAAGAGAAAGCACCAAUUCACAGGCUUUACAGAGACCUAAUCCACAAUGGAUUGGCAUUUGGUGCAGAGAGAUGGCUGUCAACUCUUCAAAGGGCAUGCGAGAGAUUCGCUUGCUUGAUGGUGUCUGGAAACUCGCCUCGUGAUCUUGGAGGAGUGAUACCAUCGCCUGAGGGGAAAAGAAGCAUGAUGAAACUUGCACAAAGAAUGGUUAACAAUUUUUGUGCAAGCAUCAACCCUGCCAAUGGCCAGCAAUGGACCACACUCUCUGGUCUCAAUGAGUUUGAGGUGCGAGCAACGCUGCACAAGAGCACCGAUCCUGGCCAGCCAAGUGGAGUGGUGCUCAGCGCGGCCGCCACCAUUUGGCUUCCCCUGCCUCCUACUAGUGUCUUCAAUUUCUUCAGGGACGAGAGAACGAGGCCUCAGUGGGAUGUGCUUUCAAAUCAGAAUCCAGUGCAAGAAGUUGCCCACAUUGUGAAUGGCUCUCAUCCAGGGAACUGCAUAUCUGUGCUAAGGGGCUUGAACACGAGCCAGAACAACAUGUUGAUCCUCCAAGAAAGCUGCGUGGACUCAUCGGGCUCAGUGGUGGUGUACUGCCCGGUGGAUCUUCCAGCCAUCAACAUGGCGAUGAGUGGGGAAGACCCAUCCUACUUCCCCUUACUCCCAUCGGGGUUCACCAUAUCCCCCGAUGGGAGGGUCCAGGAGGGAGGGGCAUCCACCAGCAUUGGCAGUGGGUCCCUCAUCACCGUGGUGUUUCAAAUCCUCGUCAGCAACUUGCCAUCUGCAAGGCUCAGCCCAGAGUCAGUCACCACUGUCAACAACCUCAUAGGAAACACUAUUCACCAAAUUAAGGCUGCGUUGAAUUGCUCCACUACUUGCUGAUACCGUGCCACGUCAGCAUUAUGCAUUGAAUGCCGCGGUUGGUUGGGGAGUGUUAAUGCAGUGAACAUGAUUCGUUGCUGUUGCUGUUGUAGCAUGAUUGAUUAUAUAGGUCGGGAAGGGGUAGUAGUCAAGAACGCACCAUAUCGCUCGUUUUUUUGUCUCGUUUUAGCAAAGAAAAUGGUGUAUGGUUCGGGUAUUGACUUCUGUUAAUUAGAUGACUUCGGUCUGAAAUGGUUAUGUUGAUGGAUUGAAUUUGUUGGUUUGUCUGAAAUUUGGACAGCUUUGAAACAAAUUAAUGUUGAUGCAAUA